AUGAAGCUGCAGUAUUUGUUCUGUGGGCACCUGGUGCGUGGCCCCUCCGGGGUGUCGGAGCCCACCUCGGCCGGCCUUCCCUCCCCCCCAAACGCCGCCGCCCGCUCGGCCACCGAGGCCGCCGGACCUGCGGGACCCCCAGACCAGCGGGACCCCCAGGACCUGCAGACCCCAGACCUGUGGGACUCCCAGGACUUUCAGUCCCCCAGGACCUGCGGGACCCCCAGGACCUGCAGACCCCAGACCUGUGGGACUCCCAGGACCUGCAGACCCCAGACCUGUGGGACUCCCAGGACUUGCAGUCCCCCAGGACCUGCGGGACCCCCAGGACCUGCAGAACCCCCAGACCUGCGGGAGCCCCAGGACUUGAAGUCCCCCAGGACCUGCGGGACCCCCAGGACCUGCAGAACCCCCAGACCUGUGGGACUCCCAGGACUUGCAGUCCCCCAGGACCUGCGGGACCCCCAGGACCUGCAGACCCCAGACCUGUGGGACUCCCAGGACUUGCAGUCCCCCAGGACCUGCGGGACCCCCAGGACCUGUGGGACUCCCAGGACUUGCAGUCCCCCAGGACCUGCAGAACCCCCAGACCUGCAGCCCCCCCAGGCCCUGCAGCCCGCAGCCCCGCGGGCCCCCCGACUCUCCCGGGGAGGGCCUGCUGACGGCCCCUUGUCCGGUGGGAUCGGGGCCAGGCCAGAGCAUGAUCUCAGCCCCCCACUCCCACCCCGCCCCCUGGUCUGGGGCAAUUUCCUCCGGAUCUGCCUCAGCUCAUCCGGGGGCCGCGUCAGCCUGCCCCACCCUCCGCCAAGAGGUCCCUCCCUGCAGCUGGUGGCCGGCCGGCCUGCCAGUGCCCGGCUGACCCAGCCUCAUGGUCUUCCUGGCUCCAGCCAGGAUUUUCUGUCUGACUUUGCCCGGUUUGGUGCUAAGCUGGGCGAGGGCCUGUGGCUGGGCUCUGAGGCCUGCGGCCACAUCAGGGCCAAGGAGCAAUCUAGAGCUUGGGAUUCAGGAAGACCUGGGUCAUGA